UUUAAACCUAACCUCAAAUAUAAUUGGACGAACGUGUAUUUAAAUUAAAAUAAUUUAUCUAACAAUGUGCAGCGUUGGUGAUGAUCAUUUUGAAACAGAAGAGACAAAAUGUAUGCCUGCAAAGGAGAAAUUAAUAUCACUGGACGCCAAGUGCAAUAAAUGCCGUGAGGAACCACCUGUGGUUUUGCUUAGAAGUAAAGAUGUUUAUUGCAAAUCGUGUUUUUUGGCCGGAACGAAUCAUAAAUUUAAGGCCCUGUUGGGAAAACAUAAACUAAUUCGAGCUGGAGACAGAGUACUGGUGCAUCACAAGCUGGGACAUCCAAGUACAGCUCUUCUUCACUUCCUACGAACUGGUUUGGAUCUGAAUACUCCCAAAAAAUUAAGAUUUGAUGUAACAGUAGUCUACAUUGAAGAUAAUUCUCAAUAUAACUUGGCUUAUAGAAAGGAAAUUUUAAAUAAAGUGCAAAAAGAAUUGAAACUAUUUAAUUUUGAAUUAAGUUAUGUUUCAUUUACACAAUAUGUUACAAAAGGUUGUGUUUUACCCAAUAUUUCAAAACACCAUGAAGAAUUGGAAAUAAAUGAUGAUGAUAGAUCUAAAUUGUAUGAAAUUUUCAACAAAAGCUCUAAUAAAACAGACAAAAAUGACCUGUUACAUUUAUUUAAACGAAACCUCUUAACAGAAAUUGCCAGAAAAUUAAACUGUAAAUUCAUAUUUACUCCUGACAUUUCAAUAGACAUUGCAUCCCAAUUACUAUCAGACAUUUCAUUAGGCAGAGGAUCUCAUGUUCCUAUUGACACAGGCUUUUGUGAUGACAGAAAUGGAGAUGUUAAACUUAUUAGACCACUUAGAUUGUUUGAUAUGAAGGAGUUAGCUUUUUAUAAUCAAUUAAACAAUCUUGUUCCAAUUUCUGUUAAGCAAUCUCAAGUGAAUCCAUACAGUUCUGUACAAGACUUAAUGAAAAAAUUUGUUAGUGAAUUGCAAGUAAAUUAUCCUGCUACAGUAACUACAAUAAUGAAAACUGGAGAUAAAUUGGCUUUAACUUGUGAGAAUAAUCAGAAAUGUAAAUUAUGUCAGGGUCCCAUUGUAGAAAACAAUUCUGACACUUUGACGUCUGAAGAAUCCACAAGUUUCUCUCACUGGGUUUCAACUCGCAAACUCGAUGAUAAUUCGUUGUCCAGAGAGGAAAAGUAUCGGGAGCUAAUUCAAGACUACAACAAGCUUAAAAUAACUGAUUACUGUUAUUCAUGUAACAAACUAAAUAAAGUUUUGCAGACGCACAAAAAAUAAAACAACGAGUCAAAGAAUCAUUUUUUUAUGUAGAUAUUUUCAAAUUAUUUUACAAUAUGGCACUCUUAGCGUUUUUAAUAAAUCUUUCUGUAAAAAUGAAAAACAUCACAUUAAAUUUUUUUUUUUUUUUU